GCACAUAAAUACCCCCUUUAUGCACCACUUUCUUCAUCACUACACUACUACUACUACUACACUUACACUACACUGUAGACAGUACAGUACAGUACAAUACAAUGGCGUUCAAAACGUCGCUCAUGUUUUGUACCAUUUUACUCUACUCGUUGUUAACCCGAACUUUCGCUCAUCAGCAACCGCUAAAAACGUACAUUAUCCAACUCCACCCCGACGCCCUUUUCGCGUCGAAACUUCACUGGCACCUUUCGGUUCUCGAAAAAACUGUAGACGACCCGUCUUCGCGUCUUUUGUAUUCGUAUCACUCGGCUAUGGAAGGCUUUGCGGCUCGGCUCUCGGAGCCGGAGCUAGAGUUAAUGCGUAAGCUACGACAUGUUGUAGCGAUAAGACCGGACCGGGUCCAUAAACUCCACACCACUUAUUCUUACAAGUUCUUGGGCUUAAGCCCGAAUGAUGAAAAUGGUGCGUGGGUCAAGUCCGGGUUCGGCCGAGGGUCGAUUAUUGGAGUGCUUGACACGGGUGUAUGGCCUGAAAGUCCGAGUUUCGAUGACCGGGGUAUGCCACCGGUUCCUAAAAAAUGGAGAGGGGUUUGCCAGAGUGGCGAAGAUUUUAACGGUGCGAAUUGUAAUCGAAAACUGAUUGGUGCGCGGUUUUUUAGUAAAGGGCAUAGUGUCGCCUCGUUGUCGCCGUCCGAAGAUGACGUGUCGGAGUAUUUGUCGCCUCGGGAUUCGCACGGACAUGGGACCCACACGGCGUCGACGGCAGCAGGAAGCGCUGUCCCGAUGGCGAGUGUUCUCGGGAAUGGAGCCGGAACCGCGAGAGGUAUGGCACCGGGAGCGCAUAUCGCAAUAUAUAAAGUGUGUUGGUUUAGUGGAUGUUACAGCUCAGAUAUUUUGGCUGCAAUGGAUGAGGCGAUUCGAGACGGGGUUGAUAUCCUUUCGCUAUCGCUUGGCGGGUUCCCGAUUCCGCUUUAUGAUGAUAGCAUUGCAAUUGGAAGUUUUCGCGCCAUGGAGCAUAAGAUAUCGGUCAUAUGUGCUGCGGGUAAUAACGGGCCAAUAGCAAACUCGGUUGCCAAUGUGGCUCCAUGGGUUGCGACCAUUGGUGCUAGCACACUUGACCGAAAGUUCCCGGCUGUGGUUCGUAUGGGGAACGGAAAAAUUGUUUACGGAGAAUCGGUGUACCCCGGGACCUCACACGAAAAACGGUUGGAAAUCGUUUACUUAACGGGUGGAGACCGAGGAAGUAACUAUUGCUUUAAGGGUUCGCUCCCGAGAAAUAAAGUACAAGGAAAAAUGGUGGUUUGCGAUCGAGGAGUUAAUGGGAGGGCGGAGAAAGGUCAAGUAGUCAAGGAGGCUGGCGGUGCCGCGAUGAUUCUUGCAAACACGGAAAUAAACUUGGAAGAAGACUCGAUCGAUGCUCAUGUUUUACCAGCCACGUUGAUCGGGUAUUCCGAAUCGGUUCAGUUAAAGAGUUAUAUCAACUCAACAAGACGACCCACGGGCCGAAUCAUAUUCGGUGGGACCGUGAUCGGGAGAGCUAGAGGACCAUCAGUGGCUCAGUUUUCAUCACGAGGACCGAGUUUCAUGGACCCCGUGAUACCUAAACCGGAUGUGAUCGCUCCAGGUGUUAAUAUUAUAGCGGCUUGGCCGCAAAACUUGGGUCCGUCAGCCCUUCCGGAAGAUUCUAGAAGAGUCAACUUUACAAUUAUGUCUGGAACAUCUAUGUCAUGCCCUCAUGUUGGUGGGCUUGCAGCGUUGAUACGUUCGGCACAUCCGAAAUGGAGCCCUGCCGCGAUCAAAUCCGCCCUGAUGACCACCGCAGAUGUGACCGAUCAUUACGGGAAACCGAUAAUGGACGGAGAUAAACCAGCUGGGAUUCUUGCUAUGGGAGCUGGUCAUGUGAAUCCAGUAAGAGCUAUAGAACCCGGGUUGAUAUACGACAUUACACCAAAUGAAUAUAUCAUGCAUUUAUGCAGCAUUCGGUAUACAAAAUCGGAGAUUUUCACUAUCACUCACAGGAAUGUGAGUUGUCAGGAUAUGAUGAAAAACAACAAGGAUUUUAGCCUGAAUUACCCUUCGAUAUCGGUGAUUUUCAAAUCCGGUAUGACUAGUAAGAUGGUCAAAAGGCGUGUGACGAAUGUGGGAGAAUCCAAGUCUACUUACGCAGUUAAAGUAGUCGCACCUGAAGGAGUCAAAGUACGGGUCAAACCUAGGAGGCUGUCGUUUUCACGGUCAAAUCAGAGUUUGACUUACCGCGUUUGGUUCAUCUUGAAGAAAUCAUCAGGGUCCAAACAAGGGAGGUUUAGUCAAGGGCAGUUGACUUGGAUGAACUUAAAGGAUAACAAAGUCAAGAUUCAAAGUCCUAUUCUAGUCACAAAGUCAACUAGCAAGAAUUGAGUUUAAGGCUAUUUGCAUUUUAAGUUUUAAAGUAUUGUUGGAUUCUUUAUCAUUUGAUAAAGACUCAAAGAUUCAAUAUAAAGAAUGUAUCAUUUCAUAUUUC